AUGGGCACCGAUGUUGAAGAUGGCUGCACCUUUAUUCAAGGUAGCCGCCCAAGUGCGCGCAGGAUCCCCGAUAACGUGUGGGAGAAGUACCGGCCAACGCUUGUCCACUUAUACAGGACAACGACCCUUCCCGAGGUGAUCCGUGUCAUGGAACGGGAGCACCAUUUUUUUGCGACGAAGCGGCAAUAUGUGCAUCGUUUUCAAGUUUGGAAUAUCAAGAAAUACAAACAAGACCAGGACACCAGCAUCGAGGAUUCCACCCAAGCACCGCUGGAUUGGGUACCACAGUUGAGCUCUGCAGACGAUAGGGCCCGACAUCUUUGGCUGGCAGACAUGCUCUUCGUCCUGGGAGACUUCCAUCAUUCCUUCGCCAUCAACGCUGCGCUUGGGCCUUGGGAGAAUUCGCACGACUAUGCGGUCACUUGCGUUCGCACGGCGCAAGCUCAAGCACAGGCCGAACUUGCCCGCAACCUGGUGAAGGCCAGCCUUCCUUUCCCGGCCGAACAGGAUGAUGCCUGGAACACAACGUUAUCUGAGUUCCUGCUGGCUUACACGUACGACUGGGGCAGAGACGCAGAACACGGUCUUGAGCAAAUUGCGAGAACAGUGACCGACAUGGUUCUCGAAGACGCCCAGGGGCGUGACUGUCUCAAAGAGCUUGCUCCAAGAGGCCAAUUCCUUGACGUGCUGGCAUAUGUCCUCUUCCGGGCAGGUCUGGUUCGAUAUAACCAGCAGCAGCACCAAGAUGGAGAGAUCGAUACCUCUGAAGUAUUACGGCAAUUCUUGAGCCAGCAGCCAGCCUUACAACAUGGACAAGACAUGAAGACCGACCCACUCCUCCAUAUCAACCCCAUAUCAUCGUGUCUAGGAUGGUGCAAAGAGACACUGAAGAACAACCCCGACAUCUGCCGUGAUAUCACAGGAGGUGACGAUAAUCCGAUUGCCGAAGCGUACACCCUUCUCUGCGCCCUCUGGAGUCUCUGGCUGGGCUGCCGUCCGUCUUCCCCAAUGUCUUGCCGCGCAGAGGCCAUUGGACGUUACUUCACCUCCGUCCCGGCAUGGGCGUACAACAGCAAGCAGCAACUGGGUAUCGCGCCCACCGAGCUCCUGAGCACGGUAGUCUGCAUGAUCAUGGUUGCUGUUCCGCAGCUGAACAAGGAUAUCAGACAAUCCCUCCGGGAAAGGGCCCUAGCCAGCGCGCAUGCUCUUGAAGCUUUACGCUCCGAGGAUCUGAUUCUCCGCUUCCUCGACCAGGUGUGGGCCACAAACGAGCGCUUGGCGUUCCGAGCGGACGGGCCGCAAGGUUCCCGUCACGAUGCCGUUUAUGUCGAGAUGGUUGAAACUGCCCGCAGGUUUGUAGCGGAGUCUCUUGGCAUCUACAACUUGCCUGUGCUUGAACAUGGAACAGCUGUUUAUCCACUGAUCCUGGCGGAUUGUGGACUAUUUAUAUGUAGCUACUGA